AUGGAGGGAGAUUCUGUCACUCUUCACACUGAUGUUACUCACAUACAGAGAAGAGAUCAGAUUUUGUGGAUGUUUGGACCUCAAGAGACUCGUUUAGCUGAAAUCUAUACGCAAAGUGUUAACAUGUAUGACAGUAAUAAGAUAUUUGGAGACAGACUGAAGUUGGACAGUCAGACUGGAUCUCUCACCAUCACAAACAUCAGAAUCACAGACACUGGACUUUAUAAACUAGAGAUCAUCAACAGCAUUGAAACAUCAGGAACGAAAUUCAAUGUUACGGUCUAUGCUCGUCUGCCUGCUCCUGUCAUCGACAGAAAGUCUUUACAGUGUUCAAACUGUUCUGUGUUGUGUUCAGUGAUGAAUGUGACACAUGUGAGUCUCUCCUGGUACAAAGGAAACAGUUUAUUGUCCAGCAUCAGUGUGUCUGAUCUCAACAUCAGACUCUCUCUACCUCUGGAGGUGGAAUAUCAUGAUACAAACACAUACAGAUGUGUGGUGUCCAAUCCCAUCACAAACCACACACAACAUCUACACAUCACUGAUGUCUGUCAGCCGUGUUCAGGUUUACAUCAUACUGACUGGGUUGUCAUCAUAGCGGUUAUUUUCAUUCUUAUAGCAGCAGCUGGUUUGGUCUGUUUUGUCAAGAUUGUAGCAGUCAAACACUGUCGGAUCAAUAACCAAGAACCGCAGGAAUCCAAUGAAGAAGAGACGCUAUCUUUGAAUCACUUGAACAAUAUGGGAGCCACAAGUGAUAUGGUUUCUGCACCAGCAGUUUCAAAUGGAGUUUAACAUUAUUCCAGUGUCCUCCAUAAUGUUUGGGACGUUUGUUUCUCAAGCUUGGAGGAUAGUAUACCAAAUGUGAUUCCUUCAUUCCUGAAGAUUUUUCAAAGAAGCAAGAUGUCUGAUCUCGUUGAUUCUGCCCACAUAUGCAUCGAAGAGGGCCAAACAGAUCUUCAGUGAAACUAAACUACUGGGCAUAGAGGAUGUCUGUGGAUUAAAAAAAGAAAGACGCUGAAAUAUCAGUUUGCGAACUUCAACAAGAUGCAUUUGUAAAGCGUAGACCAUUUUGCAUGAUGUAACCAGCACUUGUCCAGACUCACCUCAAUUUUGAACUGAAAUGGUCUAUAGAAUGACAAAGCACUUUUAGUGU